AUGACAACGGCGGGUCCGGCGAGGACGAGCUCAUUAAUGGACGAUCUCUUGGGACUCCUUAGAAUCCGCAUCAAACGUGGCGUCAAUCUCGCCGUCCGUGACAUCAAUAGCAGCGAUCCUUACGUUGUCGUCAAAAUGGGCAAACAGAAAUUGAAGACUCGUGUCAUUAACAAAGAUGUAAAUCCAGAGUGGAAUGAAGAUCUGACUCUCUCCGUCACUGACUCCAAUCUCACCGUCCUCUUGACGGUGUAUGACCACGACAUGUUUAGCAAGGACGACAAGAUGGGUGAUGCGGAGUUCGAGAUAAAGCCGUAUAUCGAGGCUUUAAGGAUGCAACUUGAUGGACUUCCUAGUGGAACCAUUGUCACCACGGUUCAGCCUAGUCGUCGCAACUGUCUAGCCGAGGAGUCACGAGUCACUUGGGUCGAUGGUAAGCUCGUCCAAGAUCUCGUUCUCAGAUUACGACACGUGGAAUGUGGAGAGGUCGAGGCUCAGCUUCAGUGGAUUGACCUCCCUGGCUCCAAGGGUCUUUGA